AAGGAUGGAGAGUAGUUGAAGAAAGGAAUGGGUCGGUCGUUUUAGUCAUGUUACUGAUGUAUAGGCGUGUGGACAAAACGCGAACCAAAUCAAACUACUAACUCCAUAAUAUAUUGUCGUUUCUUUCUCAUUCAUAAUUCGACCCAGUUACACUUUUUUCUUCGGUCAAAUACACACGCCGCACCCAUUCCCCCAUUCAUUCAUUCAUAAAUUAUUACAUUUCUUAAUUAUUCCAUUCUCAUUCCCAUUUGCACCCAAUCACACUCAUUCCUUCCUUCAUUCAUUCCCUUCCAAUCUCAAUGGCGGCCGCCGGUGGUUCGUCCUCUUCCGCCGCCGUCACCUUUCGCACCUCCCUCAAAUUCUCCCCUUCUCCUCAUCUUCAUCCCCCUUCUCAAUUCCCCAAAUCAUCAACCUUCACUCCACAUCCUAUCUCUCUCAAAUGCACCCUUCGUUCCCAAAACCCCAUCCCCCAAAACGCCGUCGUUUCCAAACCUUCCCCUCUCCAACUCCUCAAAACUUCUUCAUCUGACAGAUAUACAAAAGAAAAAAGUAGCAUAAUUGUGAUUGGAUUGAAUGUUCACACUGCUCCUGUUGAGAUGCGUGAGAAGCUUGCAAUUCCAGAAGCACAAUGGCCUCAAGUUAUUCAAGAGCUUUGUGCUCUUAAUCACAUAGAAGAAGCUGCAGUUCUCAGUACAUGUAAUCGAAUCGAGAUAUACCUUGUUGCUCUCUCUCAACACCGCGCUGUUAGAGAAGUCAAUGAUUGGAUCUCCAAGUUAAGUGGGGUUUCGAUACCUGAGAUUUGUAAACAUCAGAUCUUGUUGUAUAAUAAGGAUGCUACACAGCAUCUAUUUGAAGUUGCUGCUGGUCUUGACUCCCUUGUUCUUGGGGAAGGUCAAAUUCUUUCUCAGGUUAAACAAGUUGUUAAAACCGGACAAGGAGUGCCGGGUUUUGAUAGGAAAAUUAGUGGUUUGUUUAAGCAGGCUAUCUCUGUUGGAAAACGGGUUAGGACCGAGACUAAUAUUUCAUCUGGGUCGGUUUCUGUUAGUUCGGCUGCUGUGGAGUUGGCAAUUAUGAAGCGUUCGGAAGCUUCUUUUAAUGAUGCUAGAGUUUUGGUAAUUGGGGCGGGGAAGAUGGGGAAACUUGUGAUCAAACAUUUGGUUGCGAAAGGGUGUAGAAAAAUGGUGGUUGUUAAUAGAAGUGAAGAGAAAGUCAAUGCUAUAAGGGAAGAGUUGAAGGAUGAUGUUGAGAUAGUGUUUAGACCACUUUCUGAAAUGCUGGAAUCUGCUGCUGAGGCUGAUGUGAUCUUUACCGGUACUGCAUCUGAGUCCCUUUUGUUCUCAAAGGAGAAUGUGGAGAUGCUUCCUUCGGAUGGCCAAAGACGGCUUUUCAUUGAUAUAUCUAUUCCAAGGAAUGUGGAUCCGGGUGUGUCGGAGCUUGAGAAUGCACUAGUGUACAAUGUGGAUGAUCUCCGAGAAGUUGUUGAUGCUAACAAGGAGGAUAGACAACAGAAAGCUAUGGAAGCACGAGGAAUUAUUCAAGAGGAAUUGAAUAAAUUUGAAGCGUGGAUAGACUCUCUUGAAACUGUUCCUACUAUUAAGAAAUUUAGAGCUUAUGUUGAAAGGAUAAGAGCCUCUGAGCUGGAAAAAUGUUUGUCAAAGAUGCGUGGUGACGUCUCAAAGGAACAAAAAGAAGCAAUGUAUGCCCUUAGUAUGGGUAUUGUCAAUAAGCUACUUCAUGGUCCUAUGCAGCAUUUGAGAUGUGAUGGGAAAGAUAAUAAUAACAUUAACGAAGUCCUUGAGAACAUGCGUGCUCUUAAUAGAAUGUAUGAUCUUGAGACAGAAAUAUCCAUGAUGGAAGAAAAGAUCCGAGUCAAGAUGGAACGGGCAAAGAAGUAAACUCAGCUCUUCUUAAAAUGUUUUUCAUUUCAUGCCAUUUGCACUGUUGCUGCAAAUCUCACCAUCUUGUACAUUACAAUAGGUACCUUUCAGGCAGGCCCUUAGGAGACUCAUUCUUUUUUAAUUGUUACUUUUUUAACAUUAUACAAGGCGAAUAGGCAUUAAAAUCCCUAUACUGAAUAUUGGGAAUUUGAGAGUGUAAUUGAAGAUUCAUUUUUUUAACAUUGUAAUUUGCAAGUGCAAAUUUUUUUAAAUUAGUCUGAGAUGCUGUUUUCAAA